AUGUUAAAAAAGUUUCAUUUCCACUCCCGCAUCUGUUCCCAUUCCGCUUUCUCGUUUUCUCCUUUGAGCCUUUUCCUCAUUGUUCUUUUUUUUUUUUUUUCCACUUACCCUGAUUUUUUCGUUUCCAUUUAUUCUUUCUCUUUUUUGUUUCAUUUUCUCUUCCUUUCUCUCUUUUUCCAUUUUCUCUUUCACAUUUUCUCUGUAUCCUUCCCAUUUUCUUUUUCUCAUUUUCAUUUCCUCUUUCCUUUCUCAUUUUCUCUUUCCUUUCCCAUAAUCUCUUUCUUUUCCUCAUUUUCUCUUUCUUUUCUUCAUUUUCUCUUUCCUUUCCCAUUUUCUCUUUCUUUUCUUCAUUUUCUCUUUCUCUUCCUCAUUUUCUCUUUCUUUUCCUCAUUUUCUCUUUCCUUUCCUCAUUUUCUCUUUCCUCUUCCAUAUUUUCUCCUUCUUUACCCAGUUUCUCUUUCUUUUCCUCAAUUUCUAUCUUUUAUCAAACGGAAAUACAUUUCAGCUUUAAAUUACCCAUAG